AUGUCAGAAUUCCAGUCGGAUGUAUCGUCCUACGAAACAACUAGUUCAAAUCUACCGGCACCAAUCGAUGUCGAACUUUCAUCUCAAGGAAAUAUUUUCGUUGAUUGGAAUCAGUUAGCUCGGCCGGCGAAUGUUCGACAUUGUAUCAUACAUUACAGAAGUUUAAAUAACAAUCAAAGUCACACGAUUCGAGUAUCACGAAAGAAACAAAACAGUUAUUUGAGAAAAACUCAACCUGGCCAUCUGUAUGAAGUUCAUGUUUGUGCUGUGGAUAGUUCAGAUCGAAUUAUUGCAGCAAGUCAAUGUGCGCAGAUUCAGACGAGAGGAGAAAACGAAGGUCCUAGAUUACGUGUGACAGAAGCAACACCGGACUAUGUUUGGUUAGAAUGGAAGAAAUCGGAUGAGGUUCAUCUGACUGAUAUCAAAAUGUAUAAAUUAGUGAUCAACGGGGAAACGAAAGUCAUUUUACCAUCGGAAGAAACUCGUUAUGUUGUCAGCGAUGGUAAUGUUGGAGAAAAAUAUGUUUUUCAAAUCGAAAUGCUUCGUAAAGAUGGUAAGAUUGCUUCGUCGGUACCGAUACAUGUCACAUGGCCAGGAGUGACGAUUCCAAAAACUCAAGCGAUUUGUCAUGCUUGCAAAGAAUUGAUGAUUAGUUGGGGAGAUUCAACGUCUAUCAAUAAUGGAAAUAUUGAAUCCUAUACGUUACAUUUGUACGAUUCGAAAGGUGAAUUAUUGACUAAAGUCGGCCCGAAUUCUCCUGAAUGUCGUGAAGUUUGGAUAAAAGAUGUCGACAAAGGUGUUUAUACGUAUAUUCUCGAAAUCAAACUUGCUAACUCGAAUAAAUCGGUUUACUCCAAACCGACACGAGUGGAAUGUGGAAGUGAUUCUAGAUUACCUAUAUUGACAUAUGAAUAUUCUGAUUCUAUGGAGAAAAAAGAACUCACUGAUUUGGCUCAUCAUUUAAUCAGCGCACGGGAUAAUACAAAAUCAAAAACUUUAAUCGAUCGAUGCGAACAUCAAUUGCAACAGAUACUUUCACUACUAAAUAGAUAUACAGAAAAAGUUCGAAUCAAUCUAAAGAUUCAAUCAAACUCAACUGAACAUGUCCUUCAGACUUACCGAUUAAUCAUCGAUGGUGUAGAACUGGACAAAUCCAUACCGGGAACAGUCAAACAAUACCCGUUAGAGCUUGCACGACGAGAUGAACCUUACAAAUUGGCCGUUUCAGUAACACCAGCACUGUACGGAACACAAUCCAAACCGAUUUCAGUAGAAGCUUCCGGCUAUCUUACAUUCUUUUGUACACACUUUGAUCAACAUAAAUCUUCCGCAGGUUGUGCCUAUUUGGAUACCUUACCUUGUGAACAACAACUUAGACGUCCAAUUCACCAAGGUUUAUUGAAAGUCACACAAGCAAUGGAAACUAUUGACUUAUAUGAUUUGCGUGCGAAUAAAACAGUUCAGGUCCCAUCAUUUCGCAAAGAGCGUCGAUUGACGAUACUCUUCUUCUAUCUCAACACGUGUGUACCAGCACGACAUCAAUUAACAUACUUUGCCGACUACGCAUCACACAACCGUGGAAAGUAUAUUUACACAUCAAUUCAUUGUAUGAAACCGGACUACGACGAGUUGAAAAUUUCCCUUCAAAACUACAAAGAUAUUCAAUGUUACACAGAAUUUGAACCAAAGGACUUCGAAAACAUCGAAAAAGAAAAUGAUAAACCUUUGCAUGAAGCCCUAUCUCUUGAAGGCGUACCAAUGUAUUUUGUUUUGGAUUUUGCCGGUCGUAUUGUCUGGAGAGGGCGUAUCUGUGCCCAAGAACAAGUGGAAUACAACGUACAUAUGGAUCACAUUCUUGCCGAAGUGAAUACAAUCCAAUGCCCCUCACCAGACUGUGAACUUUGUCGCUACUGUUCACUAACUGAUGCUGAUCUAAAAGAGGAUCUAACAGAAAUCGAACUCAAACAUAACUUGCUACUACAACAAUUUUUCCGAACGCGUCCCACCAAAUCUGCAGGCGCUAAAGAAAAUCGUAGACAACGUGUCGUGUCACUGAAAGAUUCUACCAAGACAAUGAUAUCAACUCAAUAUCAUUGA